UCCUCGCAGCCAAGCUGCCGCGUGACCUGCAGUGCGCGUCGGUGCAGACGUUCGGGAUGCAGCAGUGCCAGCGCGCCUACGGGGGCGCCGUCACCCCAAACAUGUUCUGUGCGGGGGUACCGCAGGGGGGCGUGGACUCGUGUCAGGGUGACUCUGGCGGGCCCCUGGUGUGCCAGGGCGUGCUGCAGGGCGUGGUGUCCUGGGGCAUGGCCGUGUGCGGGCAGCGCGGGCAGCCCGGGGUUUAUUCCAACGUCUGCCGGGCCAGCGGCUGGAUCCGCCGGGUCAUCGGCCAGCAGUGACCGGAAGUGACCACAAAUGACCCAGAGUGACCACGA